CACACACACACACACACACACACACACACACACACACACACACACACACACACACACACACACACACACUGCUGUCUUCUACACACUACCAGUGAGACGAACGUUGCAACAGGAUCAGGAUGAACUCUGCACCCCCUGCAGGAAGUGCAUUAUCAGCUCCAGCAGGCGGAGUUGGCCCAACCACGCCGAAGAAAGGGCCGCCCAAAUUCAAACAGAGACAAACACGCACAUUUAAGAGCAAGGCACCUAAACCUGGCCAGAAAGGGUUUGGUGAUGACAUUCCAGGAAUGGAAGGGCUCGGCACGGAUUUCACGGUGGUGUGCCCCUGGGAGGCUUUUGGAGACAUGGAGCUCAGCGACCUCGCCAAAUACGGCAUCAUUUAAAUCCCGCCUCUUUUUUCUUCUCUCUGCCUUUCUCUCUGGCCCUGUUCCUAAAAGAUGCCACGCCCUCUUUCUGAAUAGAAAAUACUUUUAUUGAUGUAAAUGUAUGAAUAUAUUCUUUGUUUUAUUAUUAUAAUUAUUAUUAUUAUAAUUAUUAUUAUUAUUAUUUUAUACUCUCACUUAUGAUCAUUUAUAAUUCAUGAUGUUGCAUGUGAAUGUGCUCAUGUAAAUAAUGUAGUCUAAAUAUUCUGUUCUCCAUUAACCUCCACUGUCCACCUCCACAAUCCACCUCCAAUAUCCACCUCCACUGUCCAUCCCCAAUAUUCAUCUCCAAUACCCACCUCCACUGUUCACCUUCACAAUUCAACUGUACUGUCCACCUAUUCUGUCCACCUCCACAAUCCACCUCCAAUAUCCACCUCCACUG